AUGGCUUUUGCAUUAUUAUCAUCACCAUCACUAGUUUCAAUUUGUGACAAAUCUUUUAUUAAACCUUCCUCUCUCACCCCUUCUACACAUAGAUUUCACAAGCUAUCUCUUGUGGAUCAAUCCUUCAGUAAUUUUUAUAUUCCUAUUGCAUUUUUUUACCCUAAAGUACAACAAAGAGAAGAGUCAAAUAAUUCUCAUGAACUUUCCCAUAUAGCUCAUUUGUUACAAACAUCUCUAUCACAAACUCUUGUCUCUUAUUAUCCUUACGCUGGCAAAUUGAAAGACAAUGCUACUAUUGAUUGUAACGAUAUGGGAGCUGAGUUUUCUAGUGCUCGAAUAAAGUGUCACAUGUCUGAAAUAUUUGAUUAUCCUGAUGCAGAGAGUAUAGUUUUUCCCAAGGACUUGCCUUGGGCGAAUAAUUAUGAAGGUGGCAAUUUACUUGUGGCACAAGUAAGUAAAUUUGAUUGUGGGGGAAUAGCGGUUAGCGUAUGCUUAUCGCAUAAGAUUGGUGAUGGUUGCUCUGUACUUAAUUUCUUUAAUGACUGGGCUAGUCUCACUCGUGAUCGCGCAACAACAACUCUGAUUAAUCCUUCUCCUAGAUUUGUAGGAGAUUCUAUCUUCUCAGCACAAAAUUAUGGUCCUCUUGUUGAUCAACGAUUUGUGUCCGAUCUCAAUGAGUGCGUACAGAAAAGAUUAGUUUUUCCUACUGCCAAGCUAAAUGCCCUCCGAGCUAAGGUAGCAGUGGAAUCGGGAGUAGAAAAUCCAACACGGGCUGAAGUUGUAAGUGCACUUCUUUUCAAAUGUGCAACAAAGGCAGCAUCAAGUACAACCACUUUAAUGCGCACAUCAAAGUUGGUUAACUUCUUUGAUGUACGUACUAUGAUGAAACCUCGUCUACCUCGUAGAGCAAUUGGAAAUGUCUUGUCCUUAUUUUCCACGUCAGCAAUCGAUACUAAUAAUGAGCAAGACAUGAAAUUGCCAAAAUUGGUUCGUAGUCUAAGGAAGGGAGUUGAAGUUGCAUAUAAGAAAGACCAAGUCCAACAAAAUGAACUCAUCAUGAAAAAAGGAAAAAUGUUACUUGAAAAUAAGGAUGAAAACUGUAGUAAUAUUUAUCUCUGCAGUAAUCUUUGCAGAUAUCCAUUCUAUAAUGUGGAUUUUGGAUGGGGAAAACCUGAAAGAGUGUCUCUACCAAAUGGUCCCUUCAAGAAUUCAUUCUUCUUGAUGGAUUAUAAAACUGGGCAAGGCGUAGAGGCACGGGUAAUGUUACACAAACAACAUAUGUCUGCAUUUGAACGCGAUGAGGAACUCCUUGAGUUUAUUUCCUAA